CAACAGCCAGCGGCCGCGGCGGAGGCGGCUUCGGGACAUGCACAAUAGGGGAAAGGAGCGGAGGGAGGAGGAAGCCAGAAGCUGCGGUCGGAGAGACAAGUUAAUGACAUUCCUGCCUCCGACCUACCUCACAGGGUUCUUGGGAAGGCUGCGGAGUUGACGCGCGCGCUUUGCGCUGAGAACGUUCUAAAACGGCGUUUGAACGGGAAAGGGGCCGGAGGAGCAGGGGAAAAUGAAUGAAAUCAAGGAGAGCCUGCGGAACAUCGAACAGACUUACAAGAUCUUCCAGCAACAGCAGUUCACCUUCAUUGCUGCGCUGGAACACACCCGAGAGAAUGCCCACGACAAAAUCAAGCCUGUGUCAAGCAUCGGACAGGUGCAGACCUACACGGACCAUUACUGCAACAACACCACUGACAAACGGAUCCUGCUCCUGUUCCUCAGCAUCUGUAGCGACUUGAACAAACUCUGCCAACGGCUGGAAUCCCUACACCCUGGUAACAGUGUCACCAAUGCCCUCUUGGACAAGUGCAAAACGUUGGUGAGCCACAGCAAUGACCUCAGUGGGAUCAGAGCCAAGUACCCUCACGAUGUUGUGAACCACCUCAGCUGCGAUGAAGCCCGGAACCAUUACGGCGGUGUGGUGAGCCUCAUUCCCAUCGUCCUCGACUGCAUGAAGGAGUGGGUGGCUCACACUGAGAAGCUCCCACGGAACAUGCUACACAGUGAUCCUUAGCUCCCGUUUUUUUGCCUCUUGCCGGAAGAUGCUUCUGAAUAAAGCUGUUUCCCCUGCAAGUGCAGCUCGUUGCUAGAAUUAUAGAGGUGUUUUCGUGAUCAAAUUACUAAAGGAAAAUUAUGCUGAGCCCGGGGAUGGGGGGUGGUAGAGAAGGGACAGGCAAACCUGAAUCCCAGACCCAGGACUACCAUGAUCCUCAUUUUAAACCUAUAAAUCUACGACGUGGUACCCCCACUUUAAAUUACUAUGACUUUUUUUCUUCAUCUCCCCAAGGUACACAUUGGAAAUCUAGGUCCGAAUCCAGUUCCUAGAUUCUUCCCAGACAUCCUCCCUCUACUUCUUUUUGACUGUCCCAUUUGGAGAUUUCAGACAGGGCAAAGGAAUUAUUAAACUGUGGAACUCCUUCCCACAAGAGGCAGUGAUGGCUAUCAAUUUUGAUGGCUUAAAAAAAAAAGAAUAGAUAAGGUCAUGGAGAACAAGCAUAUCAUGACUAUUAGAUUUGUGCUGCUGCCUCCACUGUAUAUCAGUUGCUGGGGGUGACAAGUGGCAAGAAUGCUCUUGUGUUCAGUUCUUACUUGCUGGCUUCCCACUGGAGCAUCCGAUUCGCCUUUGUGUAAACAAGAUGUUGGACUAGAUGAGUUGCUGGCCUGAUGCAGCAGCCGGGCCCUUCUAACAUUCUCUAUUAUUCAAUAACCUUUUCAGAAUACUGCAUGACUUUAAACUUCCUAGCCUGGGAUAGUCUGAGCAGAAAGGUGGGCUUAAAAGCUGCAAUAAUAGUGGGAGAAUGGUAGAAACGAAUCCCAGUUCUCUGCAGCGGAGACUGGCCCAUUAGGGUGAAUGGGGCACUGCCCCACCAACAUCAAUCUGCCCUCAGCCACUCCCCACCUGUCUUCUUUGUUUGCAACCAGUUCAGGGGGGUGGCACUUCCUGUCAGCUUUCUCCUCCUCAGUCUGUGUGCUGCUCUUGUAAAACUCAGCUAAGGGAAGAUGGGGAGAGAGGUAGCAUUAGCUGGCUCUGCUUGUCAUUGGCUCUGGCGCCACCUACUGUUGGGCUCCCUGCCUCCUGCCCUACCAGUCCCAAUGAGCACCAGUCACCACUGGUCUCUCUGAUGUCAGAUGAGUUCUAAUUUUCUUUUAAAAAUAGAAAAGAAGAGGAAGAUAAGAUAGCUAUCACUUUCCACCAACACCUUUGUAGUAAGGUAGCAAGUUAAAAUGCACCGUGGGGUUUGAGUUUCUACUCUGCAUUCAGGAAGUAAAAUAAAUGAAUAAUUGAGCCCUUUCAACCUGCAUCCCCAACUCUUUCGGCAUAAAAUGUUUAUUAUUUAUGGUGGUGUUUAUAGACCUACCAAAGCAUUCUUGCUUAGCACUAGAAAGCGCUGGAAGGUAAUUUAUUUUUCUCUUUUUCUAUCUUGCUGGCUUCCUUUCUCUGAUAUAAUACAUAUUUAAUCAUUUUGAUCCAGGUAGGGAAACAUCCCUCCUUGAAUAUUAAAUCAGCAGUGAACCAUAAAAGUUAUUUUUCCAAGUGCCAAAUUUCUUCUGUAUUUAUUAAGGCAAACCUCCCAGCCUCCAUCCCAGCCAAUGAUUUAUGCAAGGAGUCCAACAUAUUCCUAUCAAGUCAUUCACACACCCCAACGUAUAGAGUAGUGCUAGUACCCUUUUAUGGCUUCAAUAGCACACAGAACAUUGUGCAUUGGCAUCCAUCUGUCUCAAGAGAAUGGAGUAUGCCUCCAGGGAUGACAUCAAACCAUUGCAUAAGCAGCACCAAAGUGACCUCCCCAGGACAGAGUAUGUAAGGUGGUCCUGGGCUGCCCAGGUGAUAGGAAUCCCCCUUCGGCCUUGUUGGUGUGGUCCAAAGGAAAGCAGAGCAAUACGUUUUGCACCAGCUUGGCUGUAGGAGUUGCCAGGCCAUCCAACCGUCUUAGGGACUCCACUCCAGAUAUGUGUAGUGUUUACUCCUUAGCCUUUUCUGCUUCUGAAUACAUGCUGCAAGGCAGCAAAGGUUUAGGACCAGUUUUCCUUCUUCUAGAUGGGCUACCUUCCCAGGUUGUCAAGCCUCACCUGCCCCUCACUUUCCUCUACAACACAUGCAGAAACCCCCUUCUUGAUCAUUGGACCCACUAUUGAUCUCAUCCGCUCAAUAGGCUGGAGCCUGUCUUCUCAUGCAGGGAAGUCCUUAACCUACUGAGGGUUUGAGACCCACCAGCUACCCUUACCUGGUUUAGCCAGCCUGUGUCAAAGCCAUUUCGUGGGGUGUGGCCGCUGUCACAUGCUGGCAGCCUCAAGGAGCAACAGAUGAGAGCUGAGUGCAGGAUGGGAAGCAAGGUGGACAAAUUACUGCAGAAGAAGCAUAAUGUGUCCCCCCACCAGGGGUCCUACCCUUCCUCUAACACCCCUUAUUGCCUGUAUUUAUUUCAAAUCCCUUAUUAAAGUAAGGCUAAUCUUGACAAGAGACUGUUUCGAGCAUACAUGAGUGAAAAAUGGGAAAUCUGCACUUUGCUACAUGUAAAGUUACGUGCACGCACACACACACACACAAAGGUUAUUGAGUUAAAAACCCAUAAUUAUUGAGAGGUAGGGUGAAGGAGGAUUAACCUGGAAUCUGGAAACCACAGGAGGGGAAGAGUGCUCUCGUUCUUGCGGGGUUUGGAUGGGCCAUUGGCCUGACCCAGCAAGGCUUCUAUGUUAUUCACUAGAAGCCACCUGCAGAAUCUCUUAACAGCCACUCCCCUCCUAGGUACAAAUUCCUUAGCAGUUUACAAAA